CUUUUCUGGAAGAGCGGAAGAAGAAACAAAAACAACAGCAGUCCUGCGGCUCGGUGACGAUAGUUGAGGAAAUACACAGAGAGAGUAAGAGAGACGUUUGGCGACUCGGUGCCACGAAGUAUCGGCUGCUCGGUUAAAUAAUCCCGUUGUUGGUUCACAUUUAACAACAACAUGUCGCUGUUCGGUAAGUUGUUCGGCAGCGGCGGGGGUAAGGGUGGGAAAGCGCCGACACCCCAGGAGGCUGUCCAGAAACUCCGAGAGACCGAGGAGAUGUUGGCCAAAAAACAGGAUUUCUUGGAAAAGAAAAUCGACAUUGAGCUCAUGACGGCGAAGAAGAACGGCACGAAAAACAAACGAGCCGCUCUGCAGGCCUUGAAGAGGAAAAAGCGCUACGAGAAGCAGCUGGCCCAGAUCGACGGGACGCUGUCCACCAUCGAGUUCCAGAGGGAGGCGCUGGAGAACGCCAACACCAACACAGAAGUGCUGAAGAACAUGGGCUACGCCGCCAAGGCCAUGAAGGCCGCCCACGAGAACAUGGACAUAGACAAAGUAGACGAUCUGAUGGCGGACAUCACAGAGCAACAGGAGGUGGCCCAAGAAAUCUCUGAUGUCAUUUCGAGACCGGUUGGAUUCGGAGACGAGUUUGACGAGGAUGAGCUUAUGGCUGAGCUGGAGGAUCUGGAACAGGAAGAGCUGGACAAAAAUCUUCUGGAAAUCCAGGGAACACAAGACGUUCCUCUGCCCAGCGUACCGUCCACGUCACUACCAUCUAAACCAGGCAAGAAGAAGGAGGAAGACGAGGACGACAUGGCCGACCUGGAGGCCUGGGCGGCUAUCUAAGCUAGCUCGCCCUGCUAGCCAGCCGGUGCCCUUCUCCCAUCUGUCCCUUUGCCUCCUGGACAUGGGGAACUGAUACAGGGACUCCCGGCUGCCAGCAUGCUGCUCCUUCUUAAGGCCUAGAGUAUAUACACGCCCAAACCCCUGAAGUAUCCUCUUGUGUACACAUCCACUGACUUAAAAAACAACCCAGGCUCUUCUCCUCCUAUUAUUGUCACGGUACGAAUGUCUUUCUGCUCCGUGCACGCCUCUAAAGGGCACAGAGCACAGAGACCAAAAGGUUGCGCCCCAACAGCCUGUGGUCGAGUACAUGGGAGAAGAGGCCAAUACAGGAGAGUGCAAGCGCAUACUUCUAGGGGAGGGUGUGCGGAGGAACAGGACGAGGCUAUUUUCUGGGAGGAAUGUGAAGAAUAAACAGAUGUAUAUUGGGGGGGUUGGGUGGGGGGGGGGCAUAAACAGACAUAAUUCAGCCAUUAUUUUCUCUGCUUCCUGCGCGGUCAUCGUUCGGCUCUUCUACGAGGAUCGCCCGGCCCCUCGGCUCAAUCUCAGUAGCAAAAUGGAACUGAUGGACUUUUCUCAUUGAAAUAUCGCUGGAGGAUCCGGGGGUCCGAUCCGGGGGUCCGAUCCCUCCGUCAGCCGUGGCUCUGUCUCGGUCGGACCGCUGGAUCCAAUCAGUGAAAUCUCCAAAAUGUCCUUUCCCGUGUUGAAAUGCACAAUGAGUAGGAUGUUGAGGUGUGUUCACCCACAGUUUUACAACCUCUUUUUUUUGUUUCUGAUUGGCUGCUCGUUAUGUGGCGCAUGGUCGCUACGCGUUUACAGAGAAUGACGCCCAGAAACGCCUCGAAAGCAAAACCACACGCAGGGGGCGGAGUCUCUGCAGAUUCUGACUCCGCCCCCUGCUUCCAGUGUGUCGUAAAGCUGUGGAGAGGGAUCUCGUUGCGCCUUUAGCCGACGCCGUCAGGAAGGUCUCUACUGGCACUUGAAACGCGCUUUGCCGCUUUAUUUCUUUGAAACUUUGAGCAGACGUGAUUUGAUUGAACAAUUAAUAAACACUUAAAAGCCCGAUAUGACAACCUUUGUUCUGGAGACCGUUUAGGAAAUGUAGCUCUUAGCUAGCAGGCCUCUUUCAAAAGUGUUUAUGCUGACCAGCCGAUGCUCGUCUGUACUUGACCCGAGGGACGCUGUCACACUCCUCACAAUGCUGGAUUUACAAAAAGAUUCUUCUCACGUUGGUUUUAUUUGUAUUUUUUCAUCAUGUAAUUGGAAAAAAUUCUGAGUGAUUGUGUUUUUUGUUUCUUUUCCUUAUGAGAUUUAUUUCUUUUACUGAUCGGUACUAACAUUGCAAAACAAAUUCAUAUAUUAUUUUUCUUUGUAAAACUGAAAAUAUCUUUUGCCUUAAAUACCAAAUAACCAAAAAAUAAUUUAAAAACAAAUCUCAAAUCCAAUAAAUAAUGCGUCUUAUCUUCUCCCUUCCUACUUUGUACCUCAGUUCAGGGAUUCCAGACUUGUUUGUUUUUGUGGCUUUUCAGAACAAGUUGUGAACUUCCUGUACGGCUGCCAGAGGCCAAAUUGCAUCACGUGUCCCUGGGUUCAAAGAAUGCACGUGCCUGACACCUCCAGCGCCUUGUCCGCCGAUGUACUCUGAGAAAAUCCCACGUUGGUUAAAUUGUGUGUGUGUGUGUGUGUGUGUGUGUGUGUGUGUGUGUGUGUGUGUGUGUGUGUGUGUGUGUGUGUGUGUGUGUGUGUGUGUGUGUGUGUGUGUGUGUGUGUGUGUGUGUGUGUGUGUGUGUGUGUGUGUGUGUGUGUGCGCGCUGUGCGGUUUCCAGCCUUUUGACACAGUGACCUCUUGUGAAUAUUCAGUGAAAAUGAGACGGUGAGCUGGAUUUCUGUUUUUCUUCGGUUUGCUCUCCACUCGCCUGUUGGGUGAAGGCCGACUUCGGUCACGAGAGUGCGUGUUUGUCUUCGUGGUCUUCUUUUACUUCCUGUCUUCGGUCACCCACACGGGCGGGAGGGCGGGUCGGUCCGGACUCGAACGAGAGGGGCUGAGACUGUAAAU